AUGGCGCCCGGGCAGCCAAUCGGCGAAGAGGGCAAGGGGUCCGAGGGCAAGGGGUCCGAGGGCAAGGGGUCCGAGGGCAAGGGGUUCAAGGGCAAGGGGUCCGAGGGCAAGGGGUCCGAGGGCAAGGGGUCCGAGGGCAAGAGGUCCGAGGGCAAGGGGCCCGAGGAACCCGAGGGCAUGGGGUUCGAGGGCAAGGGGUCCGAGGGCAAGGGGUCCGAGGGCAUGGGGUUCGAGGGCAAGGGGUCCGAGGGCAAGGGGUUCGAGGGCAAGGGGUCCGAGGGCAAGGGGUCCGAGGGCAAGAGGUCCGAGGGCAGGGGCCCGGGGGCAAGGGGCCCGAGGGCAAGGGGCCCGAGGGCAAGAACCCGAGGGCAUGGGGGCUCGAGGGCAAGGGGUCCGAGGGCAAGGGGUCCGAGGGCAUGGGGGUCGAGGGCAAGGGGUCCGAGGGCAAGGGGUCCAGGGCAAGGGGUCCGAGGCAAGGGGUCCGAGGGCAAGGGGUCCGAGGGCAAGGGGUCCGAGGGCAAGGGGUCCGAGGGCAAGAGGUCCGAGGGCAAGGGGCCCGAGGGCAAGGGGCCCGAGGCAAGAACCCGGGGGCCCAUGGGGUUCGAGGGCAAGGGGUCCGAGGGCAAGGGUCCGAGGGCAUGGGGUUCGAGGGCAAGGGGUCCGAGGGCAAGGGGUCCGAGGGCAAGGGGUCCGAGGGCAAGGGGUCCGGGGGCAAGAGGUCCGAGGGCAAGGGGGCCCGAGGGCAAGGGGCCGGGGGCAAGGGGGCCCGAGGGCAAACCCGAGGGCAUGGGGUUCGAGGGCAAGGGGUCCGAGGGCAAGGGGUCCGAGGGCAUGGGGUUCGAGGGCAAGGGGUCCGAGGGCAAGGGGUCCGAGGGCAAGGGGUCCGAGGGCAAGGGGUCCGAGGGCAAGGGAUCCGAGGGCAAGGGGUCCGAGGGCAAGGGGGCCUGCGUCUGGCGUUUGGCUCACAGUCGCCCUGGGUCGAGUGGAUGCGGCGCGUUCGGCUCCCGUGCGCCGGGCCAGUGCGCGUUCACAGUGUGUCUGAUUAACCACAUGCUGUCGCUCUAUAAACACGUCACAUCCAGCCUCACAAACACAAGGGAGGGACACAAUGGGGCAGCGGCCGUCGCAUCGCAGUGGCAUGAAAGAAGUGCAGGCGGACCACUUCUGGCCUAA